AUGACGAACAACGAGAAUGACAAGAAUAGAGUGAGAGUGCGCAAACAAAAAUCCGGGUCUCAAAAUAGAAAAGUGAGGCAACGAAAAGAUGAAAUGGAAAAAUCACUAGUGGGUUCAAUAUAUAGUCUAUUUAAUGCGAAAGAACAAAAAUCUCUUCUUUCAAGUCAAGUUGAAGAAGCAAGUGAUAAAGAAUUUGGGGAGGAUGACGUGAAUAAUGAUCUUAGAGAUAAAGGUGUUAAUGAAGAAGCUAGUGGCGCAAAUACGGGUGACGUUCAUGAGGAACCUAUGAGUGAAGAUGUUGAUGUAGCAAAUGAAGAAUUUAGAGAGGGGCAUAAUGAAGGCCCUACUCCUAUGAAUGAAAAUGUUGGGAAUGAAGAAAAUGAGAGUAUGCUUGACCUUGAGAAAGAUGUUGAUGUGAACUACGAUCCGGGAUUGUGGGGAAGCAUUAAUGAUUCUAAGAGGAUAAUGUUAGUUCUACGAGGUCCAAUUAAGAUCGUAAGAGAGAAUGAUGCAUUUCCAAAAGAAGGUACUCAUGGGAGACACUUUUCUUCCCAUCUUUACAUUUGUGAUCUUCCAAAUGGUGAGAAGCAAGAAAGGAAGUGGCUUGUGUAUUCAAAUGAGUUGAACAAGGUCUUUUGUUUUUGUUGCAAGUUAUUCAAGCAUAAAACAAUGACAACUAGUUUGGCCGGAGAGGGAACUAGUGAUUGGCAUAACCUUCCUACAAAGCUUAGAGUCCAUGAAAGGAAUGUAGAACAUAUCACCAAUGUCGUGAGGUGGGUGGACUUGCAAAAAGGACUUCAACAAAAAGCAACAAUUGACAAGAAAAUGGAAGAUCUAAUCGACAAAGAGAGAGUUCGUUGGAAGAUGAUACUAGUUCGAAUAAUUGGGGUUGUGAAGACUCUUUCUCGAAAUAGUUUGCCAUUCCGUGGAACUAAUGAGAAGAUUUAUGAGAAGAAUAAUGGACUUUUUGGUCAACUUAUUGAAUUUGUUGCGGAGUUUGAUCCUAUCAUGCAAGAGCACCUUCGACGUGUGGUAGAUAAAGAGAUUCAAAAUCAUUAUCUUAGCCACAAAAUUCAAAAUGAAUUGAUAAGCUUGUUGGCGAAAGAGAUUAAAGAUAAAAUCUUGAAGAAGAUUUUAAAAGCAAAGUACUUUUCAGUUAUCCUUGAUUGUACUCCUGAUCUUAGUCAUGAUGAGCAAAUGUCAAUUGCUAUAAGAUGUGUGGAUGUUGAGGAUGAAAGUAAAGUCAAGGUGGAGGAAUUCUUUCUUGGAUUUAUUAAGGUUCAUGACACGUCGGGGCUUGGGCUUUUCAAGCGACUUGAAGGAGCUUUGGUUGAUCUUAAACUCAACAUUGAUGAUAUAAGAGGACAAGGUUAUGACAAUAGCUCAAAUAUGAAAGGUAAAAAUCAAGGUGUACAAAAAAGGCUACUUGAUGUAAAUCCCAAAGCAUUCUAUAUUCAAUGUGGUUGUCAUAGUUUAAACCUUGCACUAUGUGAUGUGGCAAAAUCUAGUGCGAAAGCAAGAGACUUUUUUGGAUAUGUGCAAAAAGUUUAUACUUUGUAUUCGGGUUCAACACAAUGGUGGGAUAUUCUUAGAGCAUAUGUGAAGGGUUUGACACCAAAGGCAUUGUCAGUUACUCGUUGGGAAAGUCAUGUUGAGAGUGUUAGAGCAAUAAGAAAUCAAGCACCGGAAUUAAGAGAUGCAUUGAUCGAAAUUGCAAAUGUUUCUAAAGAAGAUAUUGUGUUUUCAGAAGCUAAAGGCUUGUGCAAGAAUGCUUUGGAGGUUCUUGAGUUCUUGAUUAGCUUAUGUAUUUGGUACAAAAUCUUAGACAAAAUUAAUCAAGUUAGCAAAAUUCUUCAACGAGAAGAGAUGGAUAUUGAAGAUGCAAUUACAAGGAUAAAAGAGUUGAUUUUAUUCUUUGAAGAGCUUAGAGAAGAUGGUUUUGAAGACUUGAUGAAGGAAGCCAAAGAACUUGCUCAUGAUGUUGGUUUUGAACCGGUAUUUGCAAAAAAAAGAGUUGUUAAAAGAAAAAAGCAAUUUGAUGAGGAUGUGGUAGAGGAUGCCCACGGAAGUCAAUUACUGGAAGAGUGUUUUAGAACUUCUUAUUUCCUCCUCAUCAUAGAUCAAGCUUUUGCAUCACUUAAGGACCAGUUUAAGCAAUUUGAACUUUAUGACUUAAUCUUUGGAUUUUUGUAUAAUGCGAAAUUCAAGAGUGUUAGUGAAGAGCAAUUGAUAGAGCAUUACACUAAAUUAGAAAGUUUCUUGGAAUACAAACAACGUGGUGAUAUUUAUGGGAAUGAGUUAUUCCAAGAACUUAGACAUUUGAAAACAAUAUUGCCGAGAGAAGUAACUAAAUCGAUCGACAUCCUUGAUUUUAUAAAGUCUUAUUGGAAAGAUGGCGGUUUCCAAAUGGUUUGGGUUGCUUAUCGAAUUUUGUUGACUAUUCCAGUCACAGUUGCUUCGGCGGAGAGGAGCUUUUCGAAGUUGAAGUUGAUAAAAACAUAUCUUCGGACUACCAUGUCACAAGAGAGAUUAAGUGGAUUUGCUAUGAUCUCAAUUGAAAAUGAGUACUUAGAUAAUUUGUUUCUGUCCUAUGGCUAUGUCAAGGUUGCGAAUCCCGUUCCGUACCGGUUGGUACAUACUGGAUUUGUGAGAAACCAGUAA